GAUGAUGGACAGAUUUGCCGGAAUUCCAGGAUACCUCGUCCUGUUCGCCGGCAGUUUCCUCGUAUACUUGAUCGCAGGGAGAGUCACUGCGUGGGCGAGACUGAGGUCCUUUCGCGGGCCCUUUUUGACCAAUUUCACCAAUUGGCCCCAUAGAAAGGCUUUGCUUCAACAGAGAUGCCAUGAGUUUUAUGGCGAGGUCUGUGAGAAAUAUGGCCCAAUAGCAAGGGUUGCACCAAAUAUCUUGGUCACCUCGUCCCCGGACGUGUGGACACAUGUAAACAACUCGCCUGGAUAUAAGCGUUCUGAAUGGUACUAUUCAGCUUGCCGCAUCGAAUACCGACGCGACAACGUCUUUUCGCAGUCCGACAACGCAAAGCAUGAUUAUCGAAGAAAGCAACUGGCUCCGGGUAAUCUCGACAUGGAAGAUUCCAUUGACCAGCGUCUUCGGGAUUUCCUCAACCUGGUAAAAUCCAGGUACAUUUCCACAACUGCCAAGAUUGUGCCCAUGGAUUUAGCACGAAAAGUCCAAUUCUUCACCCUGGACGUCAUCAGCGCCGUGGGAACGGGCAAGACAUUCGGCAUGCUGCAAAGAGAUGCCGACGUGGAGGAUUUCCUCCAGUCAAGCGAGGAAGGACUCCGUAUAGGCAACUUUGCGGCUGCUCUAGGCUUCAGCUGGAUCACGCAGGCCCCUUUCAUCGGCCGGUUCAUAGCUCCGUCGGCAGAGGACGGCAAGGGCUUCGGCAGGCUGAUGGCCGCGUGCUUCCGCCACGUUGACGAGCGGCUCCAGAACCCCACAGACAAGAAAUCCGACAUGCUGGCAUCGUUUAUCCGUCACGGCGUAAUAGGCGACGACCUGCGCUCCGAGGCUCUCGAGCAGAUCGUUGCCGGUUCCGACACCACUGCAAGCGGGAUUCGAUGUGUUUUGCUUCACGUCAUAACAAAUCCUCGGGUAUACGCCAAGUUACAGGAAGAAAUCGAUGGAGCCGUUCGAGAUGGCAAAGCGCCCCAAGACGGCUUUAUUACUCACACCGAGGCAAAACAGCUCCCAUACCUGCAAGCCACCAUCCGUGAAGCGAUGCGAGUCUGGCCCCCCGUCGCAAACAUCUUCUCGCGAGACGUGCCACCCGAAGGAGACACCGUCAAUAUCGACGGCAAGGACGUGUUCUUACCCGGAGGCGCUUAUAUCGGGUAUUCUGCGCUCGCAAUGCACCGCAGCACUGAGAUUUAUGGCGACGACGCCAAGGCCUUUCGUCCAGAACGCUGGUUCGAAGAUGACAAGGACAAGCUUGCCACCAUGCUUCGUACAAACGAGUUGAUUUUUGGCUAUGGAAAAUGGCAGUGCUUGGGCAAGGAUGUCGCUCGGAUGGAGCUUGAAAAGGUUGUAUUCGAGCUCCUUCGUAACUUUGACAUUGCCCUGAUUAACCCGACGAAGCCGUGGGCGGCAAUGAAUAACCUUGGAUUGUUUACCAUCUCAGAUAUGUGGGUGCAGGUAAUGGAGAGAGGGAGUUGAGUGUGAGAAUUUUGUGAAUAUUUGGAAAAAUAAUGUACCCUCAAUCCAUCUUCAUAUUAAAGUAUGGAUGCAAGAAUCGAUAACUUGUAUCUGUUUACUUCCCUCUUCUCUUUAAAUAAAAA